UGUAAGUCAGUGUCAGUGAGCUUCACUCGGUGCCCGUCUGCUUCAAACAUCUCACGGAAUAAAGUCCACACUCUCGAGCUCUUCUUUUGGAGCGCUGCGCAAUGCAACGGAACCAGUAACUAUUCACUGUCCAGCAAAGCGACGUUAAUUAAACCGUGUUGCCGGUUAUUGUACAAUGUGGGCGUGAAGAGGAGGACAGUCAUAAGAGCGCGAGUCUCGAGGUGGAUAACUUCAACUUUAUACAGUGUAAGAACUCACUGGAGCAUCGACGCUCUUCAAGCUGUAGCUAUGGUGAACAGCCAGGUUACAGGCGGCGCGUGUGCGUCCAGGUCGUGCGCGGGCUGUGGGGGUCGUAUCGCUGACCGUUUCCUGCUCUUCUCCAUGGAGCGCUACUGGCACACGCGCUGCCUCAAGUGCUCGUGCUGUCAGGCUCAGCUGGGAGAGAUCGGGACCACCUGCUACAGCAAAGGAGGCAUGAUCCUCUGCAGGACAGACUACAUCAGGUUGUUUGGGCACACGGGGGCUUGUAGUGCAUGUGGUCAGUCCAUUCCAGCCAGUGAAAUGGUCAUGCGGGCACAGGGCAACGUCUACCACCUCAAGUGCUUCUCCUGUGCAACGUGCAGAAACCAGUUGGUCCCCGGUGACCGAUUCCACUAUGUAAACGGCACCAUAUUUUGUGAGCAUGACCGGCCAGGAGCUGCGCUCCUUAAUACUCACCUGCAGAGCAACCCAGUGCUACCGGACCAGAAAGUUUGCUGAAGGACUCCCCGUCUUCUUCGUCCCUUCCUAUUCUCCUCUCUCGGUUUACCCUCCAGUGUCCUUCUCAUCACAGCUCUUCACUGACAUCCUCCAGACACUCCUCCUUUGAUGCACUUAUGUUUUCACAGACUUAAAUGAAAAAGUAUCUUUGAGUGGGAGAACGAGUUUGGGCUGAGAGCGAUGGAAGCAUUUCUUUAUAUCUGACUUCAUAUCAAACUGUGUGGGGGAUUCUGCAGUAUCUCUCAUUGUGGCUUUCUCGCCCCCUGAAAACAGAAGUGACUUCUGUUUUCUCACAGGAUAUCCUGCCUUUCUCACAUCUAACCUCAGAGAGAAGGCUUCAGCUGAAAGCAAUGUGUGCUUUUUCGAGUCAAGAUGAAACUGCCUUCACAACCCGUUUUUGACAUAUAUCCGAUUUAAAAAGGAUAUUUAAUCAUGAACAAAUGCAUCAAGAAUUGUUUGGAACUUGAAAAGUGGCAUUACAUAAGAGAGACUGGUGAUGUCAGCCUAAAAGGGUGAAAGUUAUUACAUUUUGUUGAAUUUUUCUGUUGCCUUUUUUUAAUUUGAAAAGAUGUGUACUGAUAAACCAUGCACACUAAAGGUGUGGUCACAUCGGUUUUGCUGUAAAAAUAUCUGUUGUCAAUACUGUAGCAGUGUAUUAAGCACAGCUCACACUUGAAUCACUUUCAAACCAUUUCCAAUUGUGGUGAAUUUGCGUGACCAAUUCGAACAUGAGCGAAGUCUGUGUAGAAACUAUUUCAACCUCAUGCAAAAUUGUAACCUACUGAUCCUUCGCAAAGAGCUUGUUUCACAGGCGAUCUGACCAAUCAUAACACUGAAUCUGCCAUCUUGUCUGACAAACAUAUCAGACAGGGCUGCAUUUCCCAAAAGCAUCGUAAGCUUCGGUAUAUCGUAGACCCAUUGAAACCAGUGGAGCUACGAUCAACUUAGGCUUAUGAUACUUUUGGGAAACGCAGCCCAGGAGAGUAGAUUAACUUCAGUAGACUCAAAUUUGAGAAAUGGUGUGUAUUGACGUCUUUCCGCGGUUUAAAUAAAAUACGUUCUGAUGUUCAUUCAUGUUUAUUUCAUGCUUUAAAUAAAUAUGAAAAGACGAUCACUUCACGUGCCGCUUGAACUGAGGCAAUCUCUCGCGACACAUUAAAGAGCCACAAAAUGGUAUUUAUUGUUUUAAUUUCUUUAAAAAAUUAUUCAAUUUGAAAGCUGAGACCUUGUUUCAUACCAGAAGUAACCUGCUCUGUCUUGUCUGUCAGUGCGAUGUCAGUUUUCUCUUUGUCUCUUGAGUGGGUUGGACAUAGCAACAGUAACCAAGGUGGGCGGGUUUUUGUGAAGGGUCAAAUGCCAAACAACUGGAUUUCGCCCACAAAUUUGCAACAAGAAGUAAAUGUGACACACUUUAACAUCAGAAAAGUGCAUUUAGAAAGUAAAUGGGGUCGGUUUUGAAUUCAUGUUGACUAACGUCAAAAACAGAAUAUCUUCGUACAUCGUUUGGGGUGUAGAAUUGUAAAUAUGUUUUUAUACCAGUACUCUCUGUAACGGUUGAAUUAUCUGCUCAACAUGUGAUGUCUAUUUAAGGAGCAAUUAUCCAAUAAAUGGGAAAACAACAAAACCCAGCCGCCAAGAAUGAA